AUGGCGGCCACGGCGGGCGGGCCUCUGUCGGCCUUCCAGUCGCCGACGUUCGAUCGCGAUGUCGAGGUCAGGGUGGAUGACGAGAUCGGGGCCGCCAGCAUAAGCCCAGCAGGCCGCGACAUCGUCCUCGCCAGCAAGAGCGGCCUCCGUAUCAUUGACUUGGACAAUCUCUUUUCUCUGCCGCGCUUCAUUCCGAAUCAGUCGUCAUGGGACGUUGCCGACGUGCAGUGGUCGCCAUUUGCAGCCCGCGCAGAAUGGAUCGCUACCACGCGCAACCAGCUCGCCCUCGUGUACAAUCUCUCCAUGCCGUACAACAGCAAGAAGGCGCCCAUCGAGUACACUCUGCGCGCCCAUGACCGCGCCAUUACAGACAUCAAUUUCUCUGCCCACCACCCAGACCUGCUUGCGACAUGCGGCGUCGACAGCUUCGUCUUUGUACAUGACCUUCGCAGCAGGCAGGCUCCGUUGAAGCUUGCCGACUACACGGCCGGAGCCACCCAGGUCAAAUGGAACCGCCAGAAUGACAAGAUUAUUGCGAGUGCCCACGACAAGUACCUCCACAUCUGGGACACGCGCCAUGGAGCGACGCCGCUCUCCACCAUUGCCGCUCACAGCACCAAGAUCUACGGUAUUGACUGGAACCGCAAUGACGCGAGCAAGAUCCUGACGUGCUCUCUCGACGCCACUAUCAAGCUUUGGAACAACGUAGGCAAAUAUGAAAACAUCACAACCCCCCGCCGCGUUAUCCGCACUCACUAUCCAGUAUGGCGAGCACGGCACACGCCCUUCCCACACGGCGUCCUCGCCAUGCCCCAACGCGGAAACUCGAACCUUUGGCUGUACAAGCAUGUCGACGACAGUGACCCUUCGACCUUUAGCAAUGAACCAGUCUAUGCCUUCCAAAAGCACGAUUCGGAUGCCCAAGUACGCGAGUUUCUAUGGCGUACGCGUGGUUCUACCGAUUAUGGCAUCAAUAACCGCGACUUUCAGUUGAUAUCUUGGGGCACUGACAGACGUCUGCAACUCCACCACCUCGAACCCGAACUCCUCAACAAGGCUGUUGGCUACCGAAAAGGCGAGCGUCUUGUCGAGGAGCCCAGUUCAACGCGCAAGGGAGCCACCUACGUAUCCUACCGCGACGGCCCCAUCCCUACCACUACCUUGGGCGAUCGGGACCAGUUUGGGCCACCGCGUCAACAGCGCAAAGGAAACUUGUCGACGCUGUUGCAGAAUUACUCACUCAACGACGAAGUUUACAGCUCUCGCCUUCGGGGACAGGCAGAAUCUAGGAUACGCCAUGAGACGUUAUCACGGGAAACCAUGACCGCCCAGCCUAUUCGUCGAAACGAUCCACGUGUUGUUAAUCACAUCACUUGGAUAAACGGCGUCAAGUUCGGGGGCGAUCGCCACAACAAUGUCAAUGAUUUCCACGCUCGACCAAACCAGGACGAUCGCGGAGAAAAGUACCCGUACCAAGAACAAAACGAUCUCGGUGCCGAGAUAUCCUAUGUUGGCAACAAGUACAAAAAGCUGGCGUUUGAAGAGAUUGAUGUCCCAGGCCGCCGCAUCAAGGUCUCUUUCAAUGGACCCUGGGGUGACCAUGAUCCCGUCACCGAUGGCUCAAAACUCGUGUUCCUUCGCUUCACAAUCCGGUUCCCGUCUGCGUAUCCUAAGGCCAUUGAGAGCGCACAUCCAGAUUCUGGUCGCCACAGGAUACCGACUCCACUUGAUAUUGAAUUUGAGAGGACGACAGCGUCAAUUAGCAGAGAGCAGCAAGAAGAAUUGGUUCACAACAUGCACCGUAUUGCUGCUACCUGUGCGGAGCAAGAGCGUGACGCCCUUGAAGCAGUACUUUCGUAUGCUUUGGGCGAACGUGCUUUGGACGACAGCCUGGAUCUCGCCGACGGCGUAGAGCCAUUAGAGGACCUUGGGCCACUACCAGGAGAAAGCUCCAGUGAGGAUGAGGAUCAUGAAGGCGAGUUCACCGACGAUGUGAUGCAGUCUUCCCACAUGAACGCCAACAUUCCCCUUCCGAUCCAGUGCACUGCCCGGUUUUCAGCCGAUGGAUCUCUUGUAGUCGCAAGGAUACCUCCCGUGAAGUCAGCCCCUGAUUCAGAAGUAUUCAGAUUCCAGAUUGCACGAAGCCUUCGUCAAAGCGGCUUGAAGAACGACAUCUUUGACUCCUUUGGACGCUUCACUUCCCAUCGUGCGGAUGAUUCUGAUGGAGGAUCGUCACUAUCCUCUUCUGUCGGUUCGUGGGAGACAUCUUCCACGCCGUCUUCCUCAUCUGGGUCCGACCACGGCGCGAAUGCACGCAUUGGAAACUUCCAGCCUCCCCUGGCUUGGCAGAAGUCCGCUUCUCGGUUUCAGUCGCGGAACUCAUUGCCUUCUUCUGGUGGUGUAGCAAAACAGCCGUCCAAGCCAAAAUCGACCGUAUCUGUUCUGUUUGCAGCAACGGAUGAUUUGGUGCCCAGUAAACGGGUUCUUGCCAAGGAAUACCGCAUCUUUGGCCCUGGGCCGUUCGUUUGCCAGCACAACUCUGACGUAGCGAGGAAACACGGAUACGAGGACCUUGCCGAUAUUUGGAUGCUGUGCAAGCUGAUUCUGAGUAACGAAGUGCCAGUGGAGAUACUACCCCAGCAAUAUCGGAGGGAUCAGGUUCUUGUGCUUGCCAGGAGGGCUCUCGUCAAGAUCAAGCGCAAGGAUAGCGGCCUUGAUCUCGCGUUUGACGAGGCAGACAACGUGGCUAAUCCUACGCUGAAGGCCAGGGUCAAGUGGGGUCAUCAUUCUAUUGUCGCACGGCUGAUACCUUCGCUUUUUAACCACUUUGAACAUCUCGCAGAUGUUCAGAUGCUUGCCAUGCUGUCUUGUAUCUUCGCUGAGCCUGCGGCUCGUGAAGGGGUGACCUCUGCUAUGGCCAAAAUGCGGCAGUGCCAGCUCCCAAUGUCUAUGGAAGCACCAGCGUUCUCACUAGACUACUUUUCGUCACCAGACGCGGCAUGGAGUUUGUUCAAACCAAGCAUUUCUGUUCCGUCUACGCCUUCAUAUUCACGUUUUGCAACACCGUCCAAUGACUUUGGGUCUCAAAAAUCUGCCAAAAACCUGGACACUUAUGGAAGCCACGGGAGCUCGAAUGGCCCUUGGGGAAGCGAUACAUUAAAUUCUGACCCCGUUACGCCUUACUCUACUAGCAAUACACCACCCGUCUUUCCCCAGGCAGCCCCGAUGCGAAAUGCUCAGACAGCGGUCAAUACGCCAUAUGGGAUAUCCCCAGAGCAUGGCCAUUCAGCUCACAAGAAGAGCUCAACGGCGAACUUUGCGAGCGCGGUAGCAGCCUUGUCACGGCCAUUCUCAAAUGCCAUGUCUUCUUCGCCGCCAGUAAGGUCACGUAUCGAGGAUCUUUCUACAUCCGCGCCCACUAGUGGAGUUACUUGGGGUACAACAACAUUCUACGGAAGCGACUCACACGAUCAGAGCAACAUGGCGGCCCCACGCCCGAAGCAUGGAAAGCGGGCAAGUUUCGGACAAUCCGAGCAGGUCGAUGUCAACUACAUUGGCGAAUCCGACUCGGACUACGAGAAGGUUGAUGAUGAAGGCAGCUACAGUGCAACAGGCGCUAAAGACCGCACUGCGCCUGGUACGCCUCGAGACGGCGACGACAGUAGAGCUAUCAAGGUUACGCUCAAAAACCAAGACCAAUUUGACGAUGAGGCAUGCUUCAGUGCGCCUUUGCUGGAUUCAAGUAAAAACUGGCUGCAUCGUGUUUGGCGGGAGCAGUAUGCCGAGAUGCUGAACCGCUGGGGGUUAGUCAGUGCUCGCGCCGAAGUACUCAAGUUCAACGGUCUUGUGUCGUACUUUCCAACUGAUGAAUUACGCACCAGCUCGAAAUCUGGCUCGAUUUCCCUGGCACUAGAGCGGUCCAGCGACGAAGAUGAUCAUGGGAAACCAGCGCGACAUGCAUCAAGAGCCUCAACACAGGCGCCCCCAACGCCCACUGCAUCUCAAAUGAAGCGGAUGUCUGUGGCAUCUCCAAGACACUUUUCCUUCAACCCAGAGGCCACCGAAUUCCAGCCCAGCACCAUGGCAACCAUCCUGCAAGAGCAGAUAGCGGACCUACCUAUGGACGCAUUCAUUCCUCCCGAGCAGUAUUUGCGUCUUUCUAUACCAGCUCGCACACCCACUCAGGAGCUUGACGAGAGCCUUGCUGGACUCAGUACCUCACCUGACCAAUCCAAAUUGCAGCCACCCCUGAGCCGGGCGAGCAGACCAAGUCUAUCACGGGGUACAUCCAAUCUCUCUGGCGGCUCGUCAUUGCGCGAUAGCCGCUCACGUCAGACGCUCAGCACGAUACCUUCUGGGACGGUUGAAUCGGAACCCAUGUACAGCUGCAGCAUCUGCUGGAUCCGUGUUUCGGGUCUCUUCCACCUGUGUCCUGCAUGUGGCCACGUUGCACACAUGGACUGCAUGGGCGACGAAGUGUGGAUGGACGACGGCGAAUGCGUAGUCGGCUGUGGCUGCGGCUGCGGCCUCGAAGACAAUAGCGAGCGCAGCAGAAUGGAGGCUUACAUUGAAGGCGUGCGCGCCGCACACGCAGAUGGCACCACAUGGGACAACACCAGCGAAUGGAUGCCCAGUGGCACCACGACACCGGCUUACGCCGAGAGCGCAUACGGCGACUUCAUGACGGGCGGCGUAAGCAAAAUGGCGGGCACUGGCAGCGAGGAAAAGAGGAGAGAAAGGCCCGGUGGCCGCAGAGAUGUCGUCAGUCCCACGCCUACCAAGGCGAAGAAAAAGUUCAAGAAGAAAGCUAGGGUGUCGGGAUUGAGUUAUUACUAA